CUGGGUAGGAAAGCCAGACCAGCUCUGAGCGCAGAGACGCACGGCGCCUCAUCCAACCAGCGCCAGUCCCACUAAACCGGGGUAACACUGCACGUUUUAAACCAUUAAAGUGACUGCAAGUGGACGUUUCGGCUCUUUUCGGAUCCUUGCUCUUUAUUCAGCCGCGGAAAUCUUCUUUCGAAGUCGGACAGAUCUGAUCCCAGAUGAAUUCCGUGAAGUUAGCAGCGUUUGGAAGUGAGGCGCUGGGCAGUGGGAGUGGAGAAAAUCCAAGUGGCGUUGAGUGGAUUAAGGCUACUUGUCGAAUAACCCGUAAGGAUGUCUCCGACUGAUUUGAACUUCGAUUCAAAUACAAACUCACUCUCCGAGGAGCAGUUCUGAACAUUAUUAUCUGUAUUGUUGCGGAGCUCAGGAACUCUCCUCCACCCUGAUCCCAGUCUUCGGCUCUGCUGGAGAAGUUCUAAAUUAGAUGAAAUAGACAAAACACAUUCUUACUGGAUUAAAACCGUUCCCAGCCGCUCUUAGAGAUGCCUGCGUAUCACACAGGAGUUUACCUUCUACUGGCAUUUCUAAAGAUUUCUUCAGGGUCUCGUCUUCGCCAGGAAGACUUCCCUCCCCGUAUCGUGGAACACCCUUCUGACCUCAUCGUGUCCAAAGGGGAGCCAGCCACUCUCAACUGUAAGGCAGAGGGCCGUCCAGCCCCUACGGUGGAAUGGUACAAAGAUGGGGAGCGUGUUGAGACGGACCGGGACAACCCCCGCUCCCACCGUAUGCUGCUGCCCAGUGGGUCCCUCUUCUUCCUGCGUAUCGUCCAUGGACGACGGAGCAAGCCGGACGAUGGCAGCUAUGUGUGCGUCGCCCGAAACUACCUGGGCCAGGCGAUCAGUCACAAUGCGUCUCUGGAAGUAGCCAGUAAGUUCCUAUUAAUGUGUUUUUGUUGGUGUCUUCUUGUUGGUAAGAGAUGCAAAUGGCAUCACCCAGGAGGGUUUAUCUAUCAGAAUCAGUGGAAGCAGUCAAGCAACACCAAAGUAUGUCUCAUAUCUGUAAGCGUUUGA